AUGGCGCAACAACAACAAGUCGCUCUCGAGCGGCUUGAGCACAUCACUAGGGGCCUUCGAUCUCGUGUCGGAGACGAUGUGCGCAAACGAGCUGCCAUCCAGCUUCGGGACCUCGUCGUCGUUUGCCAUCGAGACCUCAGCCAGGAACAAUUCCUCGCCUUCUACAAUGCAGUUAAUAACAAGAUUACCCAGCUAAUUACCCAUGGCAGCGACUCUGCCGAGCGACUGGGCGGCAUUUACGCGCUGGACGCUCUAGUCGAAUUCGAUGGAGUUGACGUUGCCGCCAAAUAUACCCGAUUCACCCAGAACAUCAAAACUAUCUUGCGAGGCAAAGACAUAAAUCCAAUGAAACCAGCGGCUAUAGCCCUGGGAAAAUUAUGUCGGCCCGGAGGCUCAUUGAUCUCCGAACUCGUUGAUUCUGAAGUAAACACCGCCUUGGAGUGGCUCCAAAACGACCGAGUUGAAGAACGUCGAUAUAGCGCCGUCCUCGUUCUUAGGGAGUUGGCGAGGAAUGCUCCAACGCUGAUGUAUCAAUAUAUUCCGACUAUUUUUGACUGGGUUUGGGUCGGACUACGAGACCCUCGACAACUCAUUCGAGAGACGUCGGCAGACACUGUCGGCGCUUGUUUCCGCAUCAUCCGCGAGCGAGACCAGGAGAUGAAACAAAUAUGGAUGAGCAAGAUUUACACCGAGGCUAGACAGGGUCUUAAGGUUAACACUGUCGAGUCCAUUCACGCCUCCCUGCUGGUCCUGAAGGAGCUGCUUGAGCAAGGAGGCAUGUAUAUGCAGGAACAUUACCAAGAGGCCUGUGAAAUUGUCUUCAAGCACAAAGACCACAGGGACCCGACUACCAGGCGAACGGUUGUGUCACUGAUUCCUGAUCUGGCUAGCUAUUCGCCCGCCGAUUUCGCCCACACGUGGCUGCACAAGUUUAUGGUAUACUUGUCGGGAAUGCUCAAGAGAGACAAGGAACGAAAUGAUGCCUUCUUGGCUAUCGGAAACAUUGCCAACUCUGUGAAGAGCGCCAUUGCUCCUUACCUUGACGGGGUCCUUAUUUAUGUCAGAGAGGGCUUGAGUGUCCAGUCGCGUAAGAGAGGCUCUGUCGACCCCGUCUUCGAUUGCAUCAGUCGACUGGCUGUCGCCGUUGGACAAACAUUGAGCAAAUACAUGGAAGCACUGCUGGAUCCCAUAUUCGCUUGUGACUUGACACCGAAGCUCACGCAGGCUCUCGUGGACAUGGCAUUUUAUAUUCCUCCAGUCAAGCCCACGAUCCAGGAAAGGCUCUUGGAUAUGUUGAGUGUCGUUCUUUGUGGCGAACCUUUCAAGCCUCUCGGGGCACCUCAGCCGAACACCCUUAGCUCAGUUCCUGCCAUUAACAAGGACGUUAAAGACCCACAGGCGUACGAGAAUCGGCGAUCGGAGGUCAAGUUGGCGCUUAACACGCUCGGCAGCUUUGACUUCUCUGGACAUAUUUUGAACGAAUUCGUCCGUGACGUGGCCAUCAAAUAUGUCGAAGACGAGGACCCCGAAAUCCGAGAAGCUGCUGCCUUGACAUGCUGUCAGCUGUAUGUGCGUGAUCCUAUUGUCAAUCAGACUAGCUAUCAUGCGCUACAGGUCGUUGGUGAUGUUAUCGAGAAGCUACUCACUGUCGGUAUCUCUGAUCCUGAUUCUCACAUACGUCGGACCGUUUUGGCGGCCCUGGAUGAGCGCUUUGAUCGCCACCUCGCAAAAGCCGAGAACAUAAGAAUUUUGUUCUUUGCAUUGAAUGACGAAGUAUUUGCUAUUCGAGAAGUGGCCAUCUCGAUCAUUGGUCGGUUGGCGCGAUUCAACCCUGCCUACGUCAUUCCCUCUUUGCGCAAGACUCUUAUUCAAAUGCUUACGGAGCUUGAAUUCUCGGACGUGGCGCGGAACAAGGAAGAAAGCGCUAAGCUGUUGAGUCUUCUGGUACAGAAUGCACAGUCACUCAUCAAGCCUUAUGUCGAACCUAUGAUAUCAGUUCUUCUGCCAAAGGCUAAAGACUCUAGCCCGUCAGUUGCAGCUACAAUCCUCAAAGCCCUCGGCGACUUGGCGACAGUGGGCGGCGAAGAUAUGCUGCCGUAUAAAGAUCGUCUGAUGCCCCUGAUCAUUGACGCACUUCAAGAUCAGAGCUCCAACAUCAAGCGGGAGGCUGCUCUCAAUGCUCUUGGCCAGCUGGCUAGUAACUCUGGCUAUGUUAUCGAGCCUUAUCUGGAAUAUCCGCAGCUCCUGGAAAUUCUGCAAGGCAUCAUACGCACAGAAGACCAACGAGGCCCUCUCCGACAACAAACAAUCAAGCUCAUGGGUAUUCUAGGUGCUUUGGAUCCGUACAAGCAUCAGCAGGUAGAAGAGCGCACACCUGAAAUCCAGCGGCGAGUAGACUCCAACCAAAUGACUGAUAUCUCUCUGAUGAUGACCGGGUUGACGCCUUCUAACAAAGAGUACUUCCCAACCGUUGUUAUCAACGCGCUGCUCCAAAUUCUGAAAGAUACCUCGCUAGCUCAGCACCAUGCAGCCGUCAUUGAGGCGAUAAUGAACAUCUUCCGCACACUGGGCUUGGAAUGUGUCUCUUUCCUCGAUAGGAUCAUCCCCGCCUUCUUGCAAGUCAUUCGAUCCUCAGCUUCGACUCGAUUGGAAUCAUACUUUAAUCAACUAGCGACAUUGGUCAGCAUUGUUCGCCAGCAUAUUAGAAAUUAUCUACCGGACAUCAUUCAAAUUCUCCAAGACUACUGGGACAAAUCACCAUCGCUACAAACCACAAUCCUCUCUCUUGUAGAAGCUAUUUCCCGAUCACUGGAAGGAGAAUUCAAGGUUUACUUGGCUGGUAUUCUUCCAAACAUGCUCGGAGUGCUUGACAAGGAUUCAUCUGCUAAGAGGAUACCGUCUGAACGAGUCCUGCAUGCAUUCCUUGUUUUUGGUGCCAGCGCAGAAGAGUAUAUGCACCUUAUUAUACCCGUCAUUGUUCGCACUUUUGAAAAGCAGGGGCAGCCUGUCUUCAUACGAAAACAUGCCAUUGAUACGAUUGGCAAGAUAUCUCGACAAGUUAACCUCAACGAUUACGCGGCCAAAAUCAUCCAUCCCCUUACCAGGGUGCUUGAUAGUGGCGACCACUCCUUACGCGUGACAGCUCUUGAUACCCUCUGCGCUUUGAUACAGCAACUUGGAAAGGACUAUGUACACUUUAUGGGCACAGUCAACAAAGUUAUCAACCAACAUCAGAUUCAACACCAAAAUUACGAGCUCCUCGUGAGUAAGCUGCAAAAGGGAGAAGUUUUACCUCAGGACUUGACCUCAGAGUUAAAGUUCAAUGACAUUGCGGACGAAACACCAUUUGCUGAUUUGGGCACUAAGAAACUGGAGAUGAAUGCAAUUCACCUAAAGGCAGCAUGGGACACGAGAGGCAAAUCCACAAAGGAGGACUGGCAAGAAUGGCUGCGACGGUUCAGCACUACCUUACUGACAGAGUCACCAAACCACGCACUCCGUGCGUGCGCAAGCCUAGCUAGCGUUUAUUUGCCGUUGGCUCGUGAGCUCUUCAACUCAGCGUUCGUGUCUUGCUGGAGUGAGCUGUACGAACAGUUCCAAGACGAGCUGAUACAGAACAUUGAGAGCGCCAUCAAGUCGGAGAAUGUGCCUCCUGAUCUGUUGGGACUGCUUUUGAACCUUGCUGAGUUUAUGGAACACGACGACAAGGCUCUCCCAAUUGAUAUCAGAGUACUCGGACGAGAAGCUGCUAGAUGCCAUGCAUAUGCCAAAGCGCUUCACUACAAGGAGUUGGAAUUCCUGCAAGAUCAAAGCAGCGGUGCUGUUGAGGCACUCAUUGUCAUCAACAACCAGCUUCAGCAAUCCGAUGCUGCUAUCGGUAUUCUACGAAAGGCACAACUUUACAAGGAGGGCAUCCAACUUCGCGAGACUUGGUUUGAAAAGCUUGAGAGAUGGGAGGAGGCUCUCGCCUUCUACAACAAACGUGAACGAGAGAUCCCUGCCGACCAACCCACACCCGUUGAAAUUGUCAUGGGUAAGAUGCGAUGUCUCCACGCCCUCGGAGAAUGGGACGCUCUGGCCAAUCUGACGGGCAGCACUUGGGUUAACUCUGCCCCCGAGGUCCAGCGAAUGAUUGCUCCGCUUGCCACUGCCGCCGCAUGGGGUCAAAAUAAGUGGGAUCAUAUGGACAACUAUCUAUCGUCUCUUAAACGGCAUUCGCCAGACAGGUCCUUCUUUGGUGCCAUUCUUGCACUUCACAGGAACCAAUUCCGAGAGGCGGUGGCCUGUAUUGAGCAGGCUCGUGAAGGUUUGGACACAGAGUUGAGUGCUCUCGUGAGCGAAUCAUAUAAUAGAGCGUACCAGGUCGUUGUUCGAGUUCAAAUGCUGGCAGAACUCGAGGAGCUCAUCGUAUACAAGCAGUGUGACGAAAAGAAGCAAGCAACAAUGCGCAAAACUUGGGAGACCAGAUUACAGGGAUGUCAGCGCAAUGUCGAGGUUUGGCACAGAAUGCUACGCCUUAGGGCCUUGGUAAUCUCACCGGCGGAGAACAUGCGGAUGUGGAUCAAGUUUGCCAAUCUCUGCCGUAAAUCUGGCCGUAUGGGACUGGCCGAGAAGUCUUUGAAGCAGCUCAUUGGCAGCGACUCUCCCUUGGAGACAAUGAUUCCUUACUGGCCAGAGAAUAGGAGCGACCGGUCAGGGUCUACGCCGCCACGAAACAUCCCGGCUCAAGUGACAUACGCGAUGUUGAAGUAUGAAUGGGAGCUCGGCCAACAGCCUUCUGGACGCCGGGAAGGCAUUUCUGAAAGGACGCUAUACUGCCUCCAGAGAUUUACAAACGAUACUGCCCACCGGCUGGAUGUGGCCAAAGCACAUCUUGCUGCUCAAGCAGGUAGCACUGAUGGCAACCUUCCCACGGACUAUGGAAUUCAAGGCCAGAUAGACCCGUCUCUGAUGAGCCCACAGACUCAACGGGCAUUGUAUGACCAGACCGUUUUGCUGGCGAAAUGUUAUCUGCGCCAGGGAGAGUGGCUUAUCGCUCUGAACAAGAAUGACUGGCAGCAUAGCAAGGUCCAGGAGAUUCUCAAUUCGUACUCCCAGGCCACUAAAUACAACCCGCGGUGGUACAAAGCCUGGCAUGCCUGGGCAUUGGCAAACUUUGAAAUUGUCCAGACGCUAUCUGCCAGGAACGAGAGCCAGCUAUCCAGAGCGGACCAAACAGUGCUUAUUGAGCACGUCGUCCCGGCCAUCCAGGGUUUCUUCAAGUCUAUUGCACUCUCCGUUGGAAGCUCUCUCCAAGACACACUUCGUCUGCUGACCUUGUGGUUCGCACACGGCGGUAGCACAGAUGUUAAUGCAGCCGUUAUGGAAGGCAUCAGCAAUGUUUCUGUAGAUACCUGGUUGGAAGUUAUCCCGCAGCUUAUUGCCCGUAUCAACCAGCCUAACAAGCGGGUGCAGCAGGCUGUUCAUAACCUGCUGGCCGACGUUGGCAGAGCUCAUCCCCAAGCUCUCGUGUAUCCUUUGACGGUGGCCAUGAAAUCGUGGCAGAAUACGAGGAGAUCGCGCUCCGCAGCGCAAAUUAUGGAUAGCAUGCGGCAGCACAGUGCAAACCUGGUUGCCCAAGCAGACAUUGUGUCUCAUGAGCUUAUUCGUGUCGCGGUUCUCUGGCAUGAACUUUGGCAUGAAGGGUUAGAGGAGGCAUCGCGUCUCUAUUUCGGCGACCACAAUAUUGAGGGUAUGUUCGAAACGCUUGGUCCUCUGCAUGACCUCCUUGAGCGUGGCCCAGAGACGCUGCGCGAGAUUUCCUUUGCGCAAGCAUUUGGCCGCGACUUAAAGGAAGCCCAAGAGUGGUGCCACCAGUAUGAGAGUUCAAAGGAUGUGAAUGACCUCAACCAGGCCUGGGACCUUUAUUAUCAAGUGUUUAGGAGGAUCUCCAGGCAGCUACCGCAGGUCACAAGUCUGGAGCUUACAUAUUGCUCACCUAAGCUCCUCAACUCCAAGGAUCUGGACCUCGCCGUACCUGGAACAUACCGCAGUGGCCAGCCAGUCGUCAGAAUUAUGUCCUUUGACACUACGCUCAGCGUCAUCAACUCCAAGCAGCGACCUCGCAAGCUUAUACUGAGCGGCAGUGAUGGCGUGUCGUACGCUUUUCUGCUUAAGGGCCACGAAGAUAUUCGGCAAGAUGAACGAGUCAUGCAACUCUUUGGUCUGUGCAAUACUCUCUUGGCCAAUGACUCGGAAUGUUCCAAACGACACCUCAACAUCCAUCGUUAUCCCGCGAUCCCGUUGUCACAGAACUCUGGCCUCUUUGGUUGGCUACCGAACACUGAUACCCUUCACAUACUCAUUCGGGAGUAUCGCGAAAGCCGAAAGAUUCUGCUCAACAUCGAGCAUCGCAUCAUGCUUCAAAUGGCACCGGAUUAUGACAACCUCACCUUGAUGCAGAAGGUAGAAGUAUUUGGCUAUGCGCUUGACAAUACUACUGGUCAGGAUCUUUACCGUGUCCUGUGGUUAAAGUCUAAAUCGUCCGAGGCAUGGCUGGAGAGACGAACCAACUACACUCGAUCAUUGGGUGUCAUGUCCAUGGUUGGAUACAUACUCGGCUUGGGUGAUAGACACCCGUCUAACCUUAUGCUGGAUCGCAUAACCGGUAAAAUCAUCCAUAUUGACUUCGGCGACUGUUUCGAAGUGGCAAUGAAGCGAGAGAAGUAUCCAGAGAGGGUGCCAUUCCGGUUAACGCGAAUGUUGACAUAUGCCAUGGAAGUCAGCAAUAUCGAAGGCAGUUUCCGUAUAACUUGUGAGCAUGUAAUGCGAGUGCUUCGGGAGAACAAGGAAAGCGUGUUGGCUGUCCUAGAAGCGUUUAUCCACGAUCCUCUUUUGACAUGGCGUUUGACGAAUACGGCAUCACCGGCUGGACCAAACUUCCAAUCUGAGCGUGAGGUAGCUCUUGCAGGUCCCAUCGCCGGCCGGGCACGUCGCCAUUCCAUUUUGAAUGCGGACGUCGCACCGUCAGAAUUACUCGCAAAUGGCGAACCGUCUGCGCCUCCUACAUCCAGAGCGAGAGCGCGUACAAACAGUUCGGUAGCCCCCGAUGGCAAUGUCGUUAAUGGCGCGCAGGAGGCAGAGAGCCAAAAUGCCAGGGCAGUCGAAGUGCUAGAUCGUGUGCAACAAAAGCUCACCGGCCGCGACUUCAAGAACCACGAGGAGCUGGAUGUCAUCAACCAAGUUAACAAGUUGAUUGUUGAGGCCACAAAACUUGAAAACCUUUGCCAACACUACAUCGGCUGGUGUAGUUUCUGGUAA